AAAAAACCGAAACUUGGACCUACCAAUUUAUUUCGUGUCCUUGAUAUCCCACAAAACGAUUAUAACAUACCUGAUGAAACGUCCACCCAUAAAUAUGUUCCAUACAGUAAAUAUAAAGGCAAAACAUAUAUUUAUAUGGAAGGAGAAGAACCGGACGAUUAUAUUGGUAAUAUAUCUUCUUCUGACCUAACUUUAUCUUCUGAAAGUGAGUAUGAAGAAGUGGAUAUAAAUGAUAUAUAUAAAUCGCUUAGUCCUAAAUAUAAAACAUUAAUCGAAGUAAUACUAAAACCAAGUAUAAUAACAGAUGAUGAUACAUCUAUGUAUCAAAAAGAUGAUAAUAAUAAAUUCACAGAUAAUGAAUGGAAUGAAUUAAAACAGGAUUUUAUAUCAAACAUGUUACAAAAUGACAAUAUGGAUUUACCUAAUGAAAAUACCAUUGAUGAUAAUUUCUAUAUGGAUACACAACCUAAUAUUUUACCAAAUAAUAUGGAUGAAAAACCUUUUAUUACAUCCAUUCAAGAUAGAAAAUUACAUGGUGAUAGCGAAAUUAUAUAUAAUAUUGAUUGGAAUAUUCCAAAAAAUAUUACAACUAAUACUGCAACGCACAAUAGUUUAUAUAGUGGUAUAGAUUUAAUCAAUGAUUCUUUAAAUCGUGAUCAAGAUAUUGAUAUAUAUGAUGAGUUACUCAAAAGGAAAGAAAACGAAAUGUUUGGAACAAAACAUACAAAAACUUCAAGUAGAACAAAUAGUGUUGCAACAAAAAAACACAAUGAUUCGUUAAAAAGUCCAAAUAGAUUUAUGUAG